AUGGCGGACAGGUCCAGUUUGGAACUGGUCCGAGACUGGCAGGCAGAACGCGAUACAAUCGACGAUGAGCUGGUAGUCGUCAAUGCACAAGCCACAACCAUACUACAGAAGCAAAAGCAACUUGAAAGACGUCAAAGUCGACUACGAUGUACUAUCGAAUACUGGAAUACCACGCGACCCUUCAAGCACUUCCUCCGGCUCCUUGUCGAAAUUCGGGAAAUGAUCUACAAUCGCUACAUCGAACGCAUACAUUCCCACGGCAAGUACAUCUCUGUCGACCGGAACGUCUUCUUCCCGGACGAGUACGCCAAGAGCAUCGCCCUAGUCUCCAAGCAAGUGCGCGAAGAAUAUCUCAACUGGCUUGGCUUGAAUCGACCGCUGGACUUGAUGAUGUUACUUCGAGUCAUUCUUCGCCGCCAGUUCACUCGAAGCAAGAGAGCAGCUUGGGACAGGCUGCCAGCACAGAUGAUUGAUCGAGUGCGGAUUGUUGACAUACAAGCUGGAACUAGAUGUUAUGUGAAAUACAGGUUACAAGUGGCCAGGGCCGAAUUGACGAUGCUUGAGGACCACAGAAGGCCCGGGAAAAUUGACCCCUCCGACGUUCAUUGGGGAAGAGUGCGGCUUGUCGCUGAGAUCAUCAUCGGCGAAGGUGGAAAGCUGAAGAAAAAGCAUUUGGAGUUAUUGAUUGAUGCCUUGAAAGAUAAUGACGAUAUAAUUGAUUCGCAAGCAUGGUUGAACCAGGCACUGGAAAGAGGUGAAGCGGCGAAGAAGUUGAGAACAGGCAAAGGAAGGAAGAAAUUGCCUGAUUCUUUCCCAGGCUCGGAUGCCUGGUGGCUCGAGAAAUGGGGCAGGUAG